CGCAGAGUGCUCAGGCGCGAGCUUCAGCCUGUAAAGUAAGCACCGUGAAGUGUUGUCGCUUCCACAAAACUGUUAAACAACUGACUAUAUUGUAGAGGAAGAUGACGGAGAAAACAAAAUGUUUGUUCUUUUUGCUUCAACUUUGCACAGCUCGACUCUUGCACGGGGUGAACGGUGAUAGCUGUAAAGUGAAUAUUUGCUCUAAUGGUGGAACUUGCGUGACCAGAGAAGGAGAUCCCUUCAUUUGCAUCUGCCCCGAUGGCUUCACUGGAGAGACGUGCAAUGAGAUGGAGACAGGUCCCUGCAAACCCAACCCGUGCAAGAACGAUGGUGUGUGCAGCGCGACGGGACACUCCCGCCGCGGCGACGUUUUCAGCGAGUAUGUCUGCAAGUGCCAGCCAGGAUUUGAGGGCGUCCACUGCCAGAACAGUGUCCAUGGGGCAGAUUUAAGCUCAAGAAAAGACAUCAACGACUGUGCCCGGCAGCCGUGCCAGAACGGCGGCACCUGCAGGGACCUGGAGGGAGAUUUCAAAUGCCAAUGCCCGUCGCCUUUCGUGGGCAAAAACUGCCAGCUGCGCUGCAUUUCCCUGCUCGGCAUGGAGGGAGGAGGCGUGGCCGAGUCACAGAUCUCCGCCUCUUCAGUCCGCUACACCUUUCUGGGCAUGCAGCGCUGGGGGUCGGAGCUGGCACGCCUCAACAACAAGGGUCUGGUGAACGCCUGGAGCCCUGCCCCUCAUGACAGGAACCCCUGGCUGGAGGUCAACAUGCAGAGCAAGAUGCGCGUCACGGGCAUCGUUACGCAGGGCGCCAGUCGCGUGGGAACAUCCGAGUUCAUUAAGGCCUUCAAAGUGGCCUCCAGUCUGGACGGCAAGACGUACACCACGUACAGGACUGAAGGACAGAGGAAGGACCAGAUAUUUGUUGGAAACGUCGACAACGACAGCACAAAGACCAACGUGUUCGACCCGCCCAUCAUCGCUCAGUACAUCCGCAUCAUCCCGGUGGUGUGUCGUAAGGCCUGCACCCUGCGCCUGGAGCUGGUGGGCUGCGAACUCAAUGUGUACUCAAACGCUUCAGGUUGCUCGGAGCCGAUGGGCAUGAAGUCCCGGCUGGUGGCCGACCACCAGAUCAAGGCUUCCAGCACCUUCCGCACGUGGAACAUUGACGCGUUCACCUGGCACCCCCACUACGCCCGGCUGGACAAGCAGGGCAAAACCAACGCCUGGACCGCCGCCGGCAGCAACAAAUCAGAGUGGCUGCAGGUGGACCUGGAGUCUCCCAAGAAGAUCACCGGAAUCAUCACGCAGGGAGCCAAAGACUUCGGCAACGUCCAGUUUGUCUCAGCGUUCAAAGUGGCUCACAGCAAUGACGGGCAGUCCUGGACAGUACUGAAGGACGAGACGGCAAAGACGGACAAGAUCUUCUCCGGCAACAGCGACAACAACGUGCACAAGAAGAACCUAUUUGAACCGCCGUUCUACGCCCGAUACGUGCGCAUCCUGCCGUGGGAGUGGCAUGAGCGCAUCACCCUGCGGAUGGAGCUCCUGGGCUGUGACGAGUAACAGACAUGUCUUUGCUCUACCUCCAUCAAACUACGCCAAGUUCCUCCACUUCUUUUUCCCUACCACCUC